AUUUCACCCAAUGUCAUUGGCAUGUCUUUGGAUGUAUUCACCGCAAAGUGAAAGUCCCAUAUGUCAUCUUCAUCCUUAAAUGUAAUGAAAAGAAUGACUGCCCUAUCAGAAUCACACGUAGGGAUUAUAAUAUAGAGGGCGAGAUCGAUAAAUGGUCCAUGGACAGAUGAAAUGCACUCAGUCAGCGUGAUGGUUCGGUGAAGCUGGGAAAAUCGUUAAGAGCCUCGUCACUGGAUGGUUUACUGAAUGGACCACUAGCAGGGCUGUGAGCGACAUGCCUAUGUAAAUAGCUUGUUACGUACACGCAGUUCUGUGUGUAAUCCAACAGAAGCUUUCUCUGCAGGUGCCAUUACUAGCAAUUACGGCGUAUUUCUCUUUUGGUACAGAUUCUGGGCCUGACUCAGAGCGAGGCUGAAGAGAGAGAACCAAAAUGGCGACACCACUGAGAGGCUGGCUUCUCGUUUAUGUGUUAUUUUCAAUAAUUGCCAGCCGAUUGAUACGAUGCGUUACACUGGAAAAGCCACCAUUAGAAAGGGUGAGAAGGUGGUCGGAAAACCUCAGUGAAUUUUGGAAUACCCAUGUUUCUACACUCACCGGAAUAGAUACAGUUGAACGGAAGUUUGAAUUCCCUCGAACAACAGGAAACAUGGUUGAUAUUCAAGCAAGUUUUGUGAAGAUAGAUCCAGCAGCACUGGUCAGGGACAUGUCCCUGAAACUGAAAGUCAUGUUGGACAAGAAGAUGGCCGCACUGCAGAACUCUGUGGAGAAGGCCGAAGAGGCAGCAGCCAGCCAUAUCUGGGACGGCACACUUAAUAAAGAGGAGGUCAAAUAUAAAAAUGCAAAGGAUAUGAUGAACGAGCCUUUAGCAUACACUGAGAGGUUCGAACAGAAGGUCAAUUUCUCUUUUUCAAGCGUGCACAUUCCUGUGGAAAUAUUCGAUGGAGAUCUGGAGAUUCUCAAUGGACUCAACUGGACAGCCCAGCUGGACAAGGUGUUUGAGGAGAACUACAGGAUGGACCCUGAAAUCUUGUGGCAGUAUUUUGGCAGUCAGGCAGGCUUCAUGAGAACAUAUCCAGGGAGUGCAUGGAAGGAGCGAGGACAGGUUGACCUCUAUGAUGUCAGAAGACAGUCAUGGUACACGCAAGGAUCCAGUUCACCCAAGGACAUGAUGAUCCUCAUUGAUACGAGUGGGAGUACUCAUGGCCAGGCAUUACAGCUGAUGAAGGUGGCUGUCAAGUCCAUCCUCGACACGCUGGGAGAAAAUGACUUCGUCAACAUUGCUGCAUUCUCCUCAGACGCACAGUUUGUCAGCCGAUGCUUCAACCAUACGCCAUUUGUACAAGCCACUUACCGCAAUAAACAGAAAUUGUCAAAUGAUGUCAAUAACCUGUUGGCAAAUGGAAUGGCUAACUUCGAAGUGGGACUAAAGUUUGCUUUUGAACAGUUUGAGAGUGUAAGAAAUGAGACGAGCAUGGACCCUGAUCAGCAAAAUGGAGCUUCCUGUAACAAAGUGAUCAUGUUGUUGACGGACGGAGGAACAGACAACGCAGAGGAGGUCUUCAAGGAAUACAACUGGCCGAAUAAAACUGUGAGAGUCUUCACGUAUGCUGUGGGUCCCACAGCCAACCCAACCAAUGCCAUAAGAUGGAUGGCAUGUGCUAACAGAGGCUACUUCUCCCAGAUUCCUGCCAUGGACGCCAUUAGAACCAGAGUGCAGGAAUACAUACCCGUUCUGAGUCGACCACAGGUGCUGCAGAACGUCAAACGCUUUGUGUGGGGUAGCAUUUACUACGAUUAUCUGGGUCUUGGAAUGAUGACAACAGUUACUCUGCCGGUGUACAACAGAACAGCUGGAUCUUCGAACCAGACAAUCCUUGGAGUGAUGGGUAUUGACGUUACCACGGCUGAUAUGGUGAAGAAAAGUCCCACAGAAAAGCUCGGACAUACCGGCUACUCUUUUGCAAUCAACCCAAAUGGUUAUAUCAUCUUUCACCCCCUUCUGAAACCAACAAAAUACAUGCGGGACCCACCAAAUGUUGAUCUUUUAGAGAUAGAAAUAGAAAAUGAGAAGAAAAAUGAGCUUCGGACCAAUAUGAUUAAAGCACAGAAUGGAAGCAUGGAGAUUGAAACAUUUGUGUUGUCAUCCGAUAUGAAAUAUGUACAUUUGGAUAAAGUGAGGUAUUCUUACACACCAAUUGAGGGCACCUCUUUCAGUCUUGGUGUGAGUUUGCCAUCUUACCAAACGUAUUACCCAGAAUUCAAUGCAAACAUCGGACAAUUUGAUAAAUCCAUGUUGCAGUCUGAAAAUUGGGCUAUGCUUAUAGCACCAUGGGACUACUAUGAUGCUAUGAGCAAAAGCAAUCGUUCAGGGACGACUGAAGACAUCAUUGAUAUGCUGAAAAAUACUGGCGUAAAGUGGGAUGAGGAACUCUUGAAUCACUUGUACUGGGAUGCAGUUAUGGCUAAAACUGUGGAAGAAUUCUUCAUCAUUGUGAAAGAAGCCAUUGUUGACACCAAGGGCCAUAUCUUCACUUUCAUGAGUACAAAUGGAGGAUUAACAAGAGUCUUCCCGAAGAACGCAAGUUCUUCCUUCAUGAACAAUACGAACCCAAAGACAUCACACUUCUACAAACGAGUUCUGUCAUCAGAUAAAAAUGUCUUCUUCAUUGAACCAUUCUCAAGACCGGUUCAGGAUGGCAAUGACACCAUUCCCCCUGAUGUGACGAUUGGAAAAGCUUUUACUAUCAAAAAUAACGUAAAUGGACAGACAGCUUACAAGCCAGGAAUGAUGGGAGCACAGUUCAUGUACAGCCGGGUGAUUUCCAGUCUCCAUGAAAAGACAGCCGAGGACAUCUAUUAUGACUGCGCUGAUGUAGACUUCUUAAACUGUUACCUGGUGGAUGAGGGGGGAUUUCUCAUUGCUUCCAAUCAAGAGGAUCACAACAUGCAGAUUGGACAGUUUCUGGGUAAAGUGGAUCCUCCUGUGAUGACCAAGCUUUUUAAUGCCUCAGUUUAUGAACGGAUUAAGCACUAUGACUACCAAGUUACGCAUGACUGCUCAUCGGAUGAGAAAGAGACAAGCGCGCUGGUUUCUCUUCGUUUAGAAUUCCAUCCAUCAACCUGUUGUGAUGCUCUCACAUUGAACUGGUGGACAAGUAAAUUUUUCUGGGCAUAUUUGAAUUUCAACUUCUGGAACUCAUGGUUCUCGCCUCAAGAGACAUAUGCAAAUGACGAGAGUUGGACAGGAAGUGCUGAGACUUGUGUUGAGGUUAUGUAUCAGUACUACUAUGGCGCCAACAAGACAAUGACGGACACUGCAGAGUGUGACAACUGUACCAGGACAAUCCAAGCUGUCCGGAUGGAUGUACACACAAAUCUGCUGCUGGUAGUGGCCGACCCAAUCUGCUCGGAGUGCGACACUUUCUUCAAUGAAAUGCCUCAGGCACCUGUCAAAGUCAAUGAAGACGAGGAGAAGGAAGUAAUCUGUGACAUGGCCAGAACUCCACGCUACAGGAAGCCUGUACAGGGAUGCUAUAGCAAGGACCCAAGGGAGGAUGCAUCGAAGUGUGGUUGCAUGUCAAGCACAACAGCGUCCAUGUCCACCAUUCUGCUGUCUAUAGCGGCCAUCUUGUGCAGUGUCCCGUACCUAACUCAGCCCCACAGCUGACCAGCAGGUCCGGCGUAGGACCAGCGCAUUCUCCAUACUUGAAUAAUCUUGAUACCAAAUGCCCUGAUGAAGACACUUUUUAUACAAAACUAUUUUCCUUGCACCAUGAAUGGACUGUGAGAGUCGUACUUGUAUAUAAAUGUCUAUGGACAUGUGUUGAUAGUGCUCAUGUGUAUGAUUUCAAACUUUGAUAUUUUACUUUUGUACUGCACUCCAAAUUUAAAUCACGAAGAAUAUGACAAUGUAUGCCGUUAUCAAUAUUUUCUUAUGAGUUUUAUAUUGUCUUUAAAUUUAGAAAUAACGUGCAAUCUAAUAUAAACAGAAAUGUGUUUUGGGAUGUUCUUUUCAAGGAGGAAGUAUUGUUGUAAGAAAUUCCAUCAAAUAUGUUAUUGUAGAGUUAACAUUGUAAAUUUGUAAAAUUUGUAUAUAUGUAAAAAUAAAUUAUGACGAUAUAGAGUAUCCGUAUAUCAGAGUCAACUAUGAGGCUAGGUGC